ACUGGAUCUUGUGCUGGUGUUUUCCUCAACCAAUCAUUUGUCAUCAUUGUUCUGUUUUCUAAGAUAACCUUUUUUUUACUUGUCUCGUACAUUUUUUCCAAGGUUGCCGAACGGGCCUUGUUCCUAUGGAACAACGACCACAUCGUGAGCCUAAUAGCCCAAAACCGUAGCGUCAUAUUCCCCAUCAUAUUCGAAGCCCUCGAGAAGAACAUCCGGAGCCAUUGGAACCAAGCCGUUCACGGCCUAACAGCAAACGUCCGCAAGAUGUUCCUCGACAUGGACAGCGAGUUGUUCGAGGAGUGCCAGAGGCAGUUCCUCGAGAAAGAAGCCAAGGCCAAGGAAGUCGAGGAGCAGCGAGAACUUGCGUGGAGACGAUUGGAAGCCGUGGUUGCGGCCAAAGCCGCAGGAUGAACACAGCAGGCUUUUGUCGAGUAGGUACCAUGCGCCCCCUCCCUCCUCCCUUUCCCUUUUCCUUUUUUGUUUUUUGUUUAAAUUCAUGUUUUCAUUUGUUUAUCUGUGGUAUCGCCGUAACUUAAAAAACUGUAUCAUUUGUGGAUAUAUGCCCUCAUAUCAUAUGAAUGGCUUCCAAGAUUUAUUUCAGCACUUACUGAAGUGAGAUGGCACAUUAUCAUUGUUGUUUUAAUGUUGUUCUUUUCGCUUCGCCC